ACCGGGCGGCGGCGGCGGCGCGCGCCAUGUCGUUCAGUGAAAUGAACCGCAGGACGCUGGCGUUCCGAGGAGGCGGGUUGGUCACCGCCAGUGGCGGCGGCGGCGGCGGCAGCUCCACGAACAAUAACGCUGGCGGGGAGGCCUCGGCUUGGCCUCAGCAGCCCCAGCCAAGACAGCCCCAGCCGCUAGCGCCUCAGCAGCUCAAUGGGCGGGGGGCCGACGAGGAAGUGGAAUUGGAGGGCCUGGAGCCCCAAGACCUGGAGGCCUCCGCUGGGGCGGCCGCGGCCGCCGCCGAGGAAACCAAGGAGUUGCUGCUCCCCCAAGACGCGAGCGGCCCCACCUCGCUGGGCGGCGGUGGCGCGGGGGGCCCCCUGCUAGCGGAAAGGAACCGUCGGACUCUGGCCUUCCGAGGAGGCGGCGGCGGCGGGGGUCUCGGCAACAAUGGCAGUAGCCGCGGCCGCCCCGAGACCUCGGCGUGGCCCCUGAGGCAUUUCAAUGGGCGAGGGCCAGCGGCUGUGGAUCUGGAGCUGGACGCGCUGGAGGGGAAGGAGUUGAUGCAGGACGGCGCGUCCCUGAGCGACAGCACCGAGGACGAGGAGGAGGGGGCGAGCCUGGGCGACGGCAGCGGGGCGGAAGGCGGCAGCUGCAGCAGCAGCAGGCGGUCGGGCGGCGAUGGCGGGGACGAAGUGGAGGGCAGCGGUGUGGGAGCUGGCGAAGGAGAGACUGUCCAGCACUUCCCGCUCGCGCGGCCCAAGUCCCUAAUGCAGAAGCUACAGUGCUCCUUCCAGACCUCUUGGCUCAAAGAUUUUCCCUGGCUGCGGUAUUCCAAGGAUACUGGCCUUAUGUCUUGCGGCUGGUGCCAAAAGACCCCUGAGGACGGGGGAAGCGGGGACCUUCCUCAAGUGGGGCACGAUGAGCUUUCGCGAGGGACCCGAAACUACAAGAAAACCCUUCUUCUGAGACACCACGUCUCUAACGAGCACAAACUCCACGAAGCCAACGCCCAGGAGACAGAAAUACCAUCAGAGGAGGGGUACUGUGACUUUAAUAGUAGGCCAAAUGAGAACUCUUAUUGCUAUCAACUUCUUCGACAACUAAAUGAACAAAGAAAGAAAGGUAUUCUUUGCGAUGUCAGCAUUGUGGUGAGCGGAAAAAUCUUUAAAGCUCAUAAGAACAUCCUGGUUGCAGGCAGCCGUUUCUUUAAGACUUUAUAUUGCUUUUCAAACAAAGAAAGCCCUAACCAAAACAAUACUACCCAUUUAGAUAUUGCUGCAGUUCAAGGUUUUUCAGUCAUCUUGGACUUCUUGUAUUCUGGUAACCUGGUGCUCACAAGCCAAAAUGCCAUUGAAGUGAUGACAGUGGCCAGCUAUCUUCAGAUGAGUGAAGUUGUUCAAACUUGCCGAAAUUUCAUUAAAGAUGCCUUAAAUAUAAGCAUUAAAUCAGAAGCUCCAGAGUCUGUAGUUGUGGACUAUAAUAAUAGAAAACCUGUUAAUAGAGAUGGUCUGUCUUCAUCACGGGAUCAAAAAAUUGCCAGUUUUUGGGCAACUCGGAAUCUUACCAAUUUGGCAAGUAAUGUAAAAAUUGAAAAUGAUGGUUGUAACGUCGACGAGGGCCAAAUAGAAAACUACCAAAUGAAUGACAGUAGUUGGGUCCAGGAUGGUUCACCUGAAUUGGCUGAAAAUGAAUCUCAAGGUCAAACAAAAGUGUUUAUUUGGAAUAAUAUGGGCUCCCAGGGAAUUCAAGAGACUGGCAAAACAAGGAGGAAAAACCAAACUACAAAGAGAUUUAUUUAUAAUAUACCACCUAAUGAAACAAAUUUAGAAGAUUGCUCAGUGAUGCAGCCACCUGUUGCCUAUCCAGAAGAAGAUUUAUCCUUCAUCAAGGAAGAACCAGAUCUGGAUGGUGCUCUACUCUCAGGGCCAGAUUGUGAUAGGAAUGUGAAUACAAAUUUAUUGGCUGAAGCCGGCUCCAGUCAGGAUGGAGGUGAUGCUGGUACUUCACAUGAUUUCAAGUAUGGCCUGAUGCCUGGACCUUCAAGUGAUUUCAAGUAUGGAUUGCUGCCAGGUACUUCAAAUGAUUUCAAGUAUGGAUUGAUACCAGGUGCUUCAAAUGAUUUCAAGUAUGGAUUAUUGCCGGAAUCUUGGCCAAAACAAGAAACUUGGGAAAAUGGUGAAUCAUCUCUAAUCAUGAACAAGUUAAAAUGCCCUCAUUGUAGCUAUGUAGCCAAAUACAGACGAACACUAAAAAGGCAUUUGCUCAUUCAUACGGGAGUCAGAUCAUUUAGCUGUGAUAUUUGUGGAAAACUGUUUACUCGCAGAGAACAUGUGAAAAGACAUUCCCUGGUGCAUAAAAAGGAUAAAAAAUACAAAUGUAUGGUGUGUAAGAAGAUCUUCAUGUUAGCAGCCAGUGUUGGAAUAAGACAUGGAUCUCGACGCUAUGGUGUUUGUGUAGACUGUGCAGAUAAAUCACAGCCAGGAGGGCAAGAAGGUGUAGAUCAGGGACAGGAUACAGAUUUCCCUCGGGAUGAAGAAUAUGAAGAGAAUGAAGUAGGAGAAGCUGAUGAAGAGCUGGUUGAUGAUGGAGAAGAUCAGAAUGAUCCCUCUCGGUGGGAUGAAUCAGGAGAUGUUUGUAUGUCUCUAGAUGAUUAACUGACCUAUACUCCUCAAGGAUGCUGCAUUUGGACAUAAUAUGAAUCGACAAUUUGAAUUGUUGAACUUGAAGGCUUGCAAAAUAUGGUACAUGCUGGAUGGUAGUUAUGUUGCUGUGAAAACUGUAGGGUCAAAAAGCCUUAUAGCAAAAAAAAAAAAAAUUUUUUUUUUAUAUUUGCACAGGACUGUACAGCAAACAACCUUGUGGUUGGAUUACAUGGAGUCCCCACAUCUUCAGUCAGUUAUCAAAGUAAAAAUAUUUUUUAUUUAUAGGAUAUACAGUAACUAUUUGGGUCCUACGAAUAUAUCGUACCUAUCCUUAAAGAGCUUACAUUCAUGUGUCAAUUUAACAUGAAUGAAGAAAAUCCAUUUAUAAGACUACAGUGACAGCUGACCCAAUUACUCUGUCCAUCAAACCACUCAGGCUAGUUUGUACUAGUAGAGUUUUGUUUCUAUUUUUAUUUUUAUUAAUUUUAUUUUUUUUUAAUACAGAUUUUCAGUGAGGGGCUUUUUCAACCCCAUUGGUUCUACUUUCCUGUAUUUUUCCAUUUUAAUUUGCUUCAUAACUUAAACCACGUCUCUUCUAGUUAAGGUAUUAUUUCUCAGUUUUGUGCUGAUGGGCAUGUUUAUAAGAACUGGAGAGGUAAUUUAUUGGAAUGAACUAACUGACUUCCUCCAUACCCCCUUUCCUUUUUGACAUGAAUUUUACUACUUCACAAAUGAAGAAAUGAUGUUGCAAAGUUAACAUGGCGAAGUUGACAAAUACCACUAAAAUGAUUAUGAUUUAGAAGUAACUUUCUCCUGCUGCUCUAAUCUGAUAAAUGGUUAUUACAUGACGUUUUCUGACAAUGGUAUUCGGUUUUGGGUAUCUGUUACUUUGGCACUAUUCUUGUUUGCCUCUUUAUAUUUUUGCCAGUGUACUAUACCUCAGUCCUAUUUGAAAAGACAGAAAUCUAAUCAAAAGAAAAGUCAUAGAAACAAUAAGUAAAAUGAUUUGUUUCCUAAUUUGACCUCCAUGUCCAGUUUGGUUAGCUUGUUAUGCAAUAUAAGUGAAAUAUCAGGUUUUUACUCCUGUGCCCUUUUUAUCAUUAAAAAUAACAUAAAAAGUGCAUUCUCUUUGUUUGAUAUUACUGGGAUAUUGAGCGUUUUGAAAUUAUGAUAGAUAAAUAUUUUUUCAAUUCCUCAAAGUUUUGCUACAUCUUCAUAGAUAGUCUUUCUGGUAGUCACCAUGAUUCAACUGUCGGCAAAAGUCUUACAAAUAAAAUAUUGAGAGGCUUUACAAUUAUUCUGUUAACUAAAUUCUUUAGGGUACAGGGGGUGAUAUAUUAAAUUGAAAUGAUCAGAUUUAUUGAGUCUGAUGACAGAUGAAUUAGCUGAUUGUUAAACUGACAGCAGCAUUUCACAUAAUACUAACACGCAUGACAUUUAUCAGGAACAUAUUGUAUAUUAUAUAAGAUUGAGGGAUAUCCUAUUUUCAGCUUUCUUUUAAUAGAAAUUGAGUAUAUUUUCCUAUUUUAUAUCAGGUCACUAAAUUAUGCUAUUUGUGUGGGAAAAAUUGCAAAGUACACUUUGACAGACAUAAUCAUUUGGUGCUCCAUCUGAUCAAAGUUGCAAAGUUGAUAAUUUUUUUUUUAAAGAGACAAACUUUCUCACUGUCUCAGAUUUCGGUAGUGUAAUGAUUUCAUGUUAGACAUGGAUGUUUCUGCUAGGAUGAAUCAAGAUAAAAGCACGGUUACAGGCUUAGAUACAUCUUCUGUCAUCUAAACUUUAUUGUAGUUUCUACAUAACUAUAAAAUUGACAGGAAUAGUUUGGUUUGAUUUUUGUUUAAGACUGAAGAGUACAUCUUAUUCUCCGUGUUCUAGACAAAUGAGUAUAAUGUCAUUCUGGUGGGGUCCAAAGUAGACGUUAGUUGGGCAAAGAUACUAUGAAUGAAAAAGUAUUUUAAACUUAAAAUGUUCUGCUUUGUGAAUAUGUAAGUAUAGUAUAAAGAUUUCUUUCAUCCCAUUUAUCCCCCUCCUUUAAAAUAAACCAUAGUUUACAAUUGGUAGAUCUGUCUAUAUAUAAAUAUAUAUUAAAGAGAAAAGAUAUAUAUCUGAAAAUCACCUAAAUCUGCUUUAUUAGACUACAGUUCACUUAUUACAUAGAAACUGGACUUGGCUUUACAUUCUUAAUGUACUUUUACUUUUCCUCAAGAUAUGAACUUACACUCUUUAAACUGAAUUUUCUUUUACUACUUAAAUCAUUUAUGUAUAUCUGGUAAAUUAUGACCAAAUUUUUGUUAGACUGCAUACAGUAAAUUGAAAUACACACUUGGUACACUA